AUGGUCACGGUUGUAAUAAUGUGUAUUUCCUACUCAAUGACAAUAGAUGAACAAAUUAUUGAAUGUAAAUCUUGCCCAAAAUGGGAGAAUGUUUCUCAAUGGUCCGAAUUUCAAGAUAACAUUAUUACUGCGAUAAAUAGAUCAAAGUCUCGAGUCCUUAUUUCAGCUCCAGGAAAAACUUUAUCAAUAAACAAAAAAUUCUUCGAUGCAUUGAAAAAUUCACAAAAGAACAAAGCGUAUGUAUCAAUAAUUGUCUCAGAAAACACUACUAAAGAAAUUUUAACAAAAAAUAAUUUUGAUAAUAUUACGUUGUAUCCAAAUUUACGGUAUGACUGUAUUAUCAUAGAUAACAGAGCGUUUAUGUAUGCACCUAUUUUCAUUGAUAAUUACACAACAAAAGGAACUCUCUCAUAUUUGAAGAUCAACGACUGUUAUACAGCAAUUGAUGAUCUUGUCAACUUCUUCAACUAUCAAUGGAGAGAAAUGAAUUUAGAAACCAACACAAAAAGUGAAAUUUUACCAUUAUCACUUAUGGCAAAGACUUCAAGUAAAUUGCCAUUAUCGAUCAAUGAAACAAACGAAUCUCUCUACUUUUUCCAUAAUUCUCCGCUUGGAGGAGAAGUUGGAAGGCUAAAUACUUCGAUAAUAAUUCCAUCUUUCUUCGAUCCAAGUAACACGACAUAUCUAUUCUUAGGUUCGAUACCAACGAAUGAUAUUUCAACAACAGACAUCUCAUUUUAUUCAAAAUACAAACAAAUUUUGAUGAGAAACCGCUACAUUCUAUUUUUAAUGCCAUUUACGAACAAUACAGAGAUUCUUGACAAUAUACUUCCAUUGCGAGCAUUCAGAAAUGCAGAAAUACGCUUUUAUUCAAAAGAACACAAAGGACCAAAUUAUAUGAUCACAGACAACAACGUAAUCAUAUUUUCACAUGCGCUUAAUGGUUAUGCAGUUUCUCAUUAUGUUGGAUUGCAUUUUACAACAAAUUCGGAAGAAUUCAGGAAUAUUUCGAUGAAAAGAUUUAACAAUGUAUGGGAAACUGUAUCAAACUCAACUGAUAUUAUAUAA